AUGGUGCCCAAGCAGCGGAAGACGGGCCCCCGCAUCUCCGUACUGCCUGGCACCCGCGUAGCCACCAGGCAGCUCCAGUCCCAAGACAGCCUCUACGACUUCCCCUUCCCCUUCAGCUGGCUCAGCGGCUACCUGGCCAUCCUGGUGGGCGCCGGCCUGACCUUCGUGCUCCAGAGCAGCAGUGUCUUCACGGCGGCCGUUGUGCCGCUCAUGGGGGUCGGGGUGAUCAGCCUGGAGCGCGCAUACCCCCUCUUCCUGGGCUCCAACAUCGGCACGACCACCACAGCCCUGCUGGCCGCCCUGGCCAGUCCCGCGGACAUGCUGCUCAGCGCCCUCCAGGUUGCCCUCAUCCACUUCUUUUUCAAUCUGGCUGGCAUCCUGCUGUGGUACGUGGUGCCUGUCCUGCGGCUGCCCAUCCCGCUGGCCAAACGCUUCGGGGACGUGACCGCCAAAUACCGCUGGGUGGCCAUCGCCUAUCUGCUGCUCAGCUUCCUGCUGCUGCCGCUGGCCGCCUUCGGGCUCUCCCUGGCAGGGAGCACAGUGCUGGCUGCAGUCGGAGGACCCCUGGUGGGGCUGGUACUCCUCGUCAUCCUGGUCAAUGUCCUGCAGCGGCACCGGCCAGCCUGGCUGCCACGCCGUCUGCGGUCCUGGGCCUGGCUCCCGCUCUGGCUCCAUUCUCUGGAGCCCUGGGACCGCCUGGUGGGCCGCUGCUGCCCCUGCAGGGUCUGCAGCCCCGCUCCGGCCGCUGCCAAGGAGGCCCACUGCUACGAGAACCCUGAGGUCCUGGCCUCCCAGCAGCUGUGA